AUGUCUCCGACACCCAGCUUUCAACCUCCUUCCGAGCAAAUGUGCAAGAUAAAUUUCAGCCCACUGCGAUCGCCCUCUCCGCGCAAACGUUUCAACACCCACGGGCGCAACCAGUCUGAAGCUAUCCAACGCCCGCGGCCCAUUAGUGUAGCAGACAACUCUCCAAUGGUGCAGCACACGAAAAGGUCCUCGAUAUACGUGUCAGAGGGAUGCUAUACUCUCAAGAACCCGUCCAUGGCCUCGCCUACGAACGACCCCUCCGACGUUGUCGAUCACUACGCUAUCCUCGAACUCACACCCAAGGCCACUACCGACGAGAUUAGAGCUGCGUAUCGCCGUCUGCGAGGUGUGUACUUUGCCAACGACGCGAAGAAGUACCGUGCGCUACAGACUGGCUUCGAUUGCCUGAUGGACCCGAACACUCGCCAGGUUUACGAUGCUUCCUACCAGCCAGCUGCGGCAGCGCCGGAUUCGCUGUCUAGUAUCGGUGAGGUCCUGGAUCAGGGAAAGCACUGGCGCAAGGAUAGUGCUCAUGGCGACGACGCGAACACCGCCAUUCCCGAAGAAGAGGAAGAGGAAGAGGAGGAGCAGGACCUACGGACUGACGACCCGAAUUGGGCUCUUAAGCGGUUUCAAUGUGAGGGCCAUGAGAUUAUGCUGGGCACUGAGCCGUAUCAGUCCUGGAUCCCUCUGCCCACAUGCUCACUGCGGGCAUGUAGAGGACCGAAGUAUCUCGGCAAUUUCGCAGUGAACGCAUAUCCGUCCGCGAACUAG